CAGCGAUAGGAAAAGCACCGUGGCUGAAAACUUCGGGAAAAAUGGAAAAAGUAGCAGGCGUAAAUACUUUAUUCACACAUCCGUGGGUGAAAUAAAGAACAGCCGUUUUGGAGCCGUGCGUUGUCUUACCAAGGUGGUUUUCAAACGGGACAAUGGUGUCGACGGAGGAAAAAACACCGAAUUUCUUGCAAUUCCAUUGAAAGUAAACUUACUCAUGGAGAAAGGAGCAAGUCGGGAGUCAUGAGCACAGGUGUGAAGAAGCCUCCAUUAGCUCCCAAGCCUAAACUCCCUGCUACCACCAAACCCUCACCCCCACCUAUCGCCCCCAAGCCAGGUCUUUUCACCCAGCCCUCCACCGUCUCCCACUCUUCCCCUGCUACUCUGAAGAGAGCCAAACCUGCUGUUGCACCCAAGCCAUGCAUCCCCAAACCCUCGGCCUCACCUCCCUCUGUUUUACCGCCGCCACCCAAACCCAGUGCAUCUCAGACCCUAUCUCAGGAAGACCGGGAGGCUUCAGAUGAUAGUUUAUUGCUUCUCAACUCCAAAAAUGGGAUUUUAUCAGAGCCUAACAAUCGUGACUCGGACUACAUCAUUCCCACCUGCUCCUGUCAGCUCCAGGACUGUGCCCAGUGCCAGCACCUUGGGAAUGGGAAUGCAACUGACGUUGCGGGAGAUACACAUGACGACCUGUUGCAGAAUGGGAAUUCUACGGAGACAUGUGGACUUCCUGUGAUCAGGCCUCAGGAUAAAGAUGAAAGUCGGGAGGAGGGAGUAUCCGUAGAGAAAGGUGGAGGUGGAUCGAUAAGCAACAAUGUCCAUCCUAAGCCCAAGGACAAACCGCAGAGACAGAAACACUUGGAUCGAGGUUUAGUGAGCAGAGAAGUGCAGAGGACUGAGGAGCAGCAGGGGAGAGGUUUGGAGAAUGUAAGACACCAGGAAAAUGCUCUGGACCAGUCAGUCAAAGCUGAUACACACACUGAGGGUCCUAACGUAGAAAGUAAGUACAAAGACUCUAAAUCCGCCUGUGAUGUUGCAGGCAGCAUCAUUGUCUCCCCAAGUGUCUCCUCUGAUCAGCCGUUGUCUCCGUCGUCUUCCACAGAAUCCUCUCAGGUAGAGAGUAGCGAUCUUAGCAGCAAGGCACCUUCCAGCAGGUUACCCCCAGAUCUGCAGGUCCCUGCUCCACCAAGUAAGCCUCUCCCAGUACCUCACCCACGGAAACCCAAGAAGCCAGCCCUGGUGAGGCAGGAUGGACUGGAGGGCCCUGCCCACGAUGGGGCGGCAGAGGAAUACAAGAGGGGGCUUGAGAUGGGAGAAGGGACUCUGACUCUAGCUGGUCUGUCUCUUAGUUCAGAGGGAGAGGAACUCAAAUGGGGCAAGAAGGACACGCCCCUACCCCACCAAGACCCAGAUCUGGCCAGUGAUGAGCCCAAUGCCCCUGUGCCCCCUCCUCGGCAGACCUCGCUCUCGCCCCGCCUCCACCGAACCUUUCACAUUGCCCCCUCCCUUAACAGAAACGCCUCCCACUCUCUAGAUCUGCUCUCCCAACCAGAGCCUGACUCGCUCGGCCAUGGCAGCAAAAACAAAGGUGAGGAACAUCGGGUGGAGGUGGAUGAAGAGGACGGAUACGGCGACUUUGAGCGUUACCCCAUCGCACACAGCCUCCCCAAGCAGAUCAAGCUCAGCUGCCACCCACCUCUGGUCAACACAAGGAAGGCCUUUUCCGCUGAGGAUCAGGAGUCACCAAGGGCGCCACCCCGAAAGCCCCAGAGACACAGCUUACCGGCGCCCCCACCACCCUCCAUAACCCCACCUGCUCCUCCGCACGCCAACACCCCCAUGAGGGAGCUGCCGGCACCUCCCCAAGAAAAAACAGCUUGGCGCUUUGCCCGGCCCUGUGUGACAUUCUUCAGCCGACAGAUGCCCAUGAGGAGCAGCGUGCCCCCGCAGGGCCGAGCCCCGCUGCUGGGGGGCAAGCAGAGAGCGCAGUCCUUCUCCGCAGCCGACCUGGCGACCCGUGCCGACCACCCGAGGAGGAGCCUGUCUUUCAAGAAGCUGCUGGAGCUCAGGCUGUCUGUCAAGAUGCUGCCAAAGCUGCUGGCCAAGGGUGGGCAGUCGCUGGACUGUACAAACACAGAGUCGAACAAGGGGGAUAAAAGCCAGCCUGUUGGCAGCACCGGGGAGGCUGACGGCAACGGAGAGGGUGAAGAGGGAUCUGUGGAGUAUGAGAACGUCCCACUGUACGAGGAGAUCCCGGAGUACAUGAACCUGCCAUUUCACAGUGCACGGCUGGGUUGGCCACAUGACUCCGACCCAGCUGAUUCAGACAUCUAUGAAGUGCAAGAUCCUUAUCACAAACCACAGGGCAACGAGUACGAGAGCGGCUGGCUGACGCAGGAUGGAGUUCACUCUGAGGAAGAGGAUGUCCACAGUUCAGACGAAGAGGACAACAGCUCCACCUCCAGCAAGGAGCAUCUGGACGAGGCAGACCGGCAGCACGAAGACGAGAUGAAGAGGAAGAAGGUGGUGCACAUAGCCCAGGAGAUCAUGAGCUCUGAGAAAGUCUUUGUGGAUGUCCUGAAACUUCUGCACAUAGACUUCCGGGAUGCAGUUGCCAAGGCAACCCGUCAAAAUGGGAAGCCAGUAGUGGAUGAGCGGAUCCUCAGCCAGAUCCUGUACUACCUGCCCCAGCUCUACCAACUCAACAGAGACCUGCUGAGAGAGCUGGAGGAGAGAGUGGCCCACUGGAGCGAUCACCAGAGGCUGUCGGACAUCUUCGUCCAGAAGGGGCCUUACCUGAAGAUGUACUCCACAUACAUCCGCCAGUUCGACAACAAUGUGGCCCUCUUAGAUGAACAGUGCAGGAAGAACCCCGGUUUCGCCGCCGUUGUCAAAGAGUUUGAGAUGAGUCCAAGAUGUGCCAGCCUGGCUUUGAAACAUUACCUUCUGAAACCAGUCCAGAGAAUCCCUCAAUACCAGCUGCUGCUCACAGAUUAUCUGAAGAACCUCCCUGAAGAUUCUGAGGAUUAUAAGGACACACAAGCUGCUCUGGGUGUAGUGAAAGAAGUGGCCAACCACGCUAAUGAUAUCAUGAAACAAGGGGAUAACUUCCAGAAGCUGAUGCAGAUUCAGUACAGUCUGAACGGCCACCAUGAGAUCGUUCAGCCAGGCAGGGUGUUUCUGAAGGAGGGCACUCUGAUGAAGCUGUCCAGGAAGGUCAUGCAGCCGCGGAUGUUCUUCCUGUUUAACGAUGCUCUCAUGUACACCACUCCUGUCCAGUCUGGCCAGUAUAAACUCAACAGCAUGCUCUCCCUGGCUGGGAUGAAGGUGAGUAAGCCCAGCCAGGAGGCCUACCAGAACGAGCUGAACAUCGAAAGUGUUGAACGCUCCUUUAUCCUGUCUGCCAGCUCAGCUACAGAGAGAGAUGAGUGGCUGGAGGCCAUCGCCAAGGCCAUAGACGACUACACAAAGAAGAAGAUAACUUUCAUCUCCAGCCGUAGUCAGGAGGAGGCUGAUGGUACCGGGGAUAGUGGGGCCCCACUGGGCUCAAAGGCUCCAAUCUGGAUCCCAGACCUGAGGGCCACCAUGUGUAUGAUCUGUACCUGCGAGUUCACGCUCACAUGGAGAAGGCAUCACUGUCGUGCCUGUGGCAAGGUGGUCUGUCAGGCAUGCUCUGCCAAUAAGUACUAUCUGGAGUACUUGAAGAACCAGCCGGCACGUGUGUGUGACCACUGCUUUGCCAAGCUGCAGGAGAACAGUGACCGUUGUGCCUCAACAUCCCUUUCUCCCAUUGGGAAAUCGGGAGCCUUCUCUUUUUCUAGAAAACAGAAGAAGAUUCCUGCUGCACUGAAAGAGGUGUCUGCCAACACAGAAAACUCCUCCAUGAGUGGCUACUUAAACAGAUCAAAAGGCAACAAGAAGCAGUGGAAGAGGCUGUGGUUUGUCAUCAAGAAUAAAGUCCUGUACACCUACGCCGCCAGCGAGGAUGUAGCAGCGUUGGAGAGCCAGCCGUUGUUGGGUUUCUUCCUGAGAGAGGAGAAGUACGGCCCGGCUCAGAAGCUGCAGUUCAAGCUGUACCAUAAAAACACGCUGUUUUACAUCUUUAAAGCCGAUGACAUCCCCACUGCACAGAGAUGGAUCGAAGCCUUCCAAGAGGCCAUGAUUCUUGAACAGUAGUUCUCUUUGGCAGCAGUGACGUUGCACCGCAGCCCUGGAGCCACUUUACAGGCAACUUACGACCCUGGAUCACAGGUCAGGGGUCACCAGUCCAGGAGGGACUCCGGAUGGACUGUCUGCCCGAUAUAAAGAUACACAUCACACACUGCCAAUGAAAUGGAAACCAGACUGUUUUUCCGAGAAGCAGCAAUGGAUUUUUUUUUUUUUUAUUCUUUCAAAACAUAUUUCUCUCUGCAACAGCUACUGAUGCUCUGCAUUUUCAGUGGAGCUGACGGUGGAUCUGUUGGCUUCACCUCAGAAAUGACACAGUUACCUGUCACAGCCGUGGGUCAAAGGUCAAGUCCAGAAGCAUGUGUGUGGAAGUGUCGCAGAAAAGAUGUCAGGGCCUCUACAAGCCCUUGGAAAUCCAACAAGCCUGCAAGCCUGGGAAUUUUUAUCCGCCAAUGAAUGAAGGAAUCUCUUUCAUGUGAAACAAAAUAUAGCCACAAAUAUCUGUUCAUGCCAGAUCACUCUUCACUUACGCACCCUGAUUUUUCCUUGUGUUAUAACAUACAGGUCCUUUUAUUCAAGCAAAAAUUAAGAUGAAAUUUAACAAUUUAACAAACCCUGUAAAAUAUCCAAAUUUGCAAGAUAUUUCAUCAUGUAUGCAAAAGUAUUGUUGAUGUCUUUUUCAGUUGUUGAACGAUGUAACUAGGUUGGAUUUUACUGUGAAAAACAGGGUUCUACAAAGAAACAGGAAGUUGAUUUUCUGCUUUUGAGGUUUAUCUCUCUGGAUAAGAGAUUUUUUUUUUAAUAUUAUUUUGUAGACUGAGAUAACCAAACAUUUAAAUCAUGGGUAAAACAAUAUACUGGAGAAAACUGGAAAUGUCAUAAAUAAUGUAGAUAUUUUAACUACAGUUAAAUGUAUUUUUGUUUGCCUGUCUCGCCACAUCACAAGUGGUCAACGGGUAAUACUUUGUAUAUGAAAGUAUAUGACAGAGCAACAUUGACCCUUUUUAUGUCAAAGCCAAGAGCUAAUAUUUAUAUAGAAUUGUACAUUUCUCUUUGUCUGAAAGGGUUGGAGGAGCUUGAUUUAUUUUAUCUGCCAUAAUGGUUUUAAAAGCACAGGCUGCCACUUUUUCUUUCUUUCUUUUUUUUUAAUACAAAAAAAAAAAUGUGGUUGGAUGGGUGUGUUAGGAAACGUUUUCAUCAAAGCCUCUUUCUAUUUCUUUUUUUUUUUUUUUUUUUACAUUGUAUUUAAUUAGACGAUUGAAAUGAUAACUGCUUACAGAGAAGGAGCAUGCUGUCUUUUUUUUUUUUUUUUUUUUUUUUUUUUUUUUUUUUAAUAUAUAUAGGAAGAUACUGUGGAAAGUGGGUAGGAGAUAUAUUUCUGAGGAAAUGUUCAAAAGCCAGAAAAAAAAAAAUCUAGAUUAACUCCAAGGAUUGUUUUCACACAGACAUGCCUUAUAUCUCCUAUUACAGGAUCAACUCCAACAGGAAUGCUGUUCUGCUGGAAGCUGUUCCUCAGAUGAAUAAGGACACAUUAACAAUGCAGUUUUUGAUGAUAGCUUACUCACUAGGCCUUUUCUAGCCAGGCCACUUUGGGUCUGCAGUUUGGCGAAUAGCUACAAUCAUUGUCAUCCGUUUCUUCAGGGUUACCUCUCGUGUUUCACUUGUACUAAUGAGAUUGCACUACUCUGUCAAGGCAAGAGUCUCCACCAUCCGACACUAGUGAAGGAAUCAAACCCCUAAUACUCUGAUGAAGGCUCAUUAGGCUGCCAUCUCUGUGCAAUUAAUCCACAUUUAAAAAAAAAAAAAAAAUGUUUUUGGCCAGCGAGGAUCAUUUUGCUGUAGUCUA